GACGGCCUAGGUUCGACACAAACCCCUCCCAGCUUGGUAUGAGACUAGGGACAGCCUCGAUGCAUAUGGCUAAAUGGACCCUCAGGCUCCUCCUAGGCCUCCUCCUCCCACUUUUCGGGCCCUGGCGAAUCUUAUUCCUGAUUUGGGUUUGUCGAUGCUUGAAUGCACUGUGCUGCGCAUGCGUCCAACUUGUUGACGUGCGGUCAGACACAAUGCUGAAUUGGGUAUCGCUAUGGGAUUGGAGUUCGACGCCGGCAGUGCGACCCAGACGCAUGGGCGAAGGGAAAACCUGUGGCCACUGCGCCGAGCGCGCCAGUGCGACCACGGGCACGUGUGGCAUGCAGCAGUGUCGCGACCGCGUACAUACUCGUGUUUCUCUCCUGAGUGCACGGUCGGCAAGAAACUGGUAAUACAAUCUGUUCGAAGCAGUUGACAAAUAUACAGUAACCCACACAGGCGACGGAUAGAAUAAGGAGGUUGAUAAAAGAGUAGAAGUCAUGACAACGGAGGCUUUGAACGGGUUGACAUAGCCAGUGUGUACGCUGUAUGAAACACCUAAACUGCUAAAGCGUCUUUUUGGUCAGCAAUGGAGACUAGCUAAAGCGUGGCCACGCAAUGUACCAUGCUGAAUUGGGAAGGGCUUUGAAGGGCUUUGAUCGCUGUCCAAACGAAGUGACACGCCGCAUCGUC